AUGGAAGCAACAGCCGCGGCUGGUGGUGGUGUCGGCCCGCUCCGCUGCAAGCGUAACAUCUGCUCUUCAUCCACUUCCGUGGCUCGCCGGAACGAGCGGGAACGUAAACGAGUCCAUCUGGUCAACAUGGGCUUCGCCUCCCUCCGAUCUCAUCUUCCGGAGAGCGAAGCCAAGAAGAUGAGCAAGGUGGAGACCCUCAGGUCGGCCGUCGAGUACAUCGGGAGGCUCAAAGAGAUGCUCGGACACUUGGACGACGUCCCCAGGGAAAACAGCGCUCCGCAGGAGAUGGUUGUUAUGGACCAGGAACAACACCUCAUGGAGUUGGCGGCCAAGUGGUUCGGACAGUGUGCAACGUAG